AACGAGGCCUACUUUUUUUUUUUCCUGCCGCUCUGGGAACCCAACUCCCUGGCCCGGCUGGGAGAGGGGGGAGUGUCCCUUUGGCCACCCACUCCUCCUCCUCGUUGCGGCCUGUCUCCUCCUCCUCCUCCUCCUCCGCCUCCUGAGGAAAUGUGAUUUUUGGCUGAGAAUUUCGGAGUAGAGCCUGUGGAGGGAUUUCUUUCCCUUGAAAGAAGGAAGAGGGAGGAAAACAUCUUGGAUGCGGUUUGGUUCUUCUCCGGAGUGGUUCCAACAUGGAGAGACCCAACUCACGUGGACCUGAAGCAGGACCUGGGGGCAGUGGGGAAUCCUGGGACAGAACCACAGAUAAGUUCCUGAGUGUGGACCUUGACAGCUCGGACACACAGCGCCAGCACUUCAGGCAGUCCUCCUACCAAGAGGGUGAAGGACCCAGAGGGGUUUGUAGUCGUCUCCACGAUUUGUGUCACCAGUGGCUGAAGCCAGAGCAGCACACCAAGGCCGAGGUGCUGGACCUGGUGACCCUGGAGCUGUUCCUGAGCCUUCUGUCCCCAGAGAUGGGGAGCUGGGUCCGAGAGUGUGGGGCAGAGACCUGUUCCCAGGCGGUGGCCCUGGCGGAAGGCUUCCUCCUGAGUCGGGCAGAGGACAAGGAGCAGGAAGGACAGGCCCAUAAUAAUAACUCCAUGGAAGUCCUUGCACCAGAGGAAUCUCCACCAGACACCACCCAGAGUCUCAGGCAGAAGGAGCUGAAGCGGGAAGGAGACGGGGCUGCCGCCUUGCAGGGGUCUGUAACGAUGUGGUUGCCAAAUCCUCAGUCGUUUCUCCCCCUUCGUGAUGGAGUGGGACUGAAUCAGGGCCCAAUCGCCUUUGAGGACGUGGCUGUGGAUUUCUCCCUGGAGGAGUGGGUUCUCCUGAAUCCGGAUCAGAAAGCCUUGCACAAGCAGAUCAUGGAGGAGAUGAAUGGGAUUGUGGACUCUCUUGUAGAUAACGGGGAGAAGAGCCAUGUAUGCACAGAAUGCAGGAAGCAUUUGGGACACGACGGGGUCCUUCGUCGACGCCAACAAGCCCACAGAGAAGAUGGAAGUCCUGCCAGAGAAAGGCCCGACAAAUGCAAUGUAUGUGGGCAAUGUUUUACCAAAAAUGUGGCACUUGCGUUUUACAAGACACUAGAUGCUGGGAAAAGCCAUCUUAAAUGGAAAGUAUCAGCAAAAGGUGCGGUGAAACAUGAUAAAUUUCACACACGUCAGGAAACAUAUAGAUGCCAGGAGUGUGGGAAGUGUUUUGCUUACAGUUCAGAAUUGGUGGGGCACAAAAGACUCCACACAGGAGAGAAGCCGUAUCAAUGCCAGCAGUGUGGAAAAUGUUUUGCUUCCAGUUCAGUCUUGGUGAGCCACGAAAGACUCCACACAGGAGAGAAGCCAUACAAAUGCCAGGAGUGUGGAAAAUGUUUUGCUUACAGUUCAGACUUGUUGAAGCACAACAGACACCACACAGGAGAGAAGCCAUACCAAUGCAAGGAGUGUGGGAAAUGUUUUGCUGAUAGUUCAAGUUUGGUGAGGCACAAAGGACUUCACACAAGAGACAAGCCAUACGAAUGCCAGGAGUGUGGGAAAUGUUUUGCUUCCAAUUCAUACUUGGUGAAGCAUAAAAGACUUCACACAGGAGACAAGCCACACCAAUGCCAGGAGUGUGGGAGAUGUUUUGUUUAUAGUUCAGACUUGGUGAACCACAAAAGAGUCCACACCGGGGAAAAGCCAUACAAAUGUGAGGAGUGUGGGAAAUGUUCUGCUUCCCAUUCAGACUGGUUGAAGCACAAAAGACUACACACAGGAGAGACGCCAUACAAAUGUGAGGAGUGUGGGAAAUGUUCUGCUUCCCAUUCAGACUUGUUGAAGCACAAAAUACUACACACAGGAGAAAAGCCAUACCAGUGCCAGGAGUGUGGGAAAAGUUUUGCUUACAGUUCGGUCUUGGUGAGCCACAAAAGACUCCACACAGGAGAGAAGCCAUACCAAUGCCAGGAGUGUGGGAAAUGUUUUGCUUACAGUUCAGGCUUGGUGAGCCACAAAAGACGCCACACAGGAGAGAAGCCAUACCAAUGCCAGGAGUGUGGAAAAUGUUUUGCUUCCCAUUCACCCUUGGUGAGCCACAAAAGACUCCACACAGGAGAGAAGCCCUACCAAUGUGAGGAGUGUGGGAAAUGUUUUGUUUACAGUUCAGCUUUGGCGAGCCACAAAAGUCUCCACACAGGAGAGAAGCCCUACCAAUGCCAGGAGUGUGGGAAAUGUUUUGCUUACAGUUCAAGCUUGACGAAGCACAAAAGACUCCACACCGGGGAGAAGCCCUUCGAAUGCCUCGAGUGCGGGAAGGCCUUCGCUCAGAAGACCCACCUCACCCGCCACCACGCGACCCACACGGGGGAGAAGCCCUUCUGGUGCUCGGAGUGUGGGAAGGCCUUUGCACAGAAGUCCCACCUGGCUUCCCACCGAGCCACGCACACCGGGGAGAAGCCCUUCCAGUGCCUGGAGUGCGGGAAGGCCUUUGCGCAGAAGACACACCUCACCCGCCACCGGGCCACCCACACGGGCGUCAAGCCCUUCGCCUGCUGGGAGUGCGGGAAAGGCUUCAGCCAGAAGACCCACCUCACGGCGCACGUGGCCACCCACACGGGGGAGAAGCCCUUCAAGUGCCAGGAGUGUGGGAAGGGCUUCAGCUGGACGACGGACCUCCUCGCGCACCAGGCCACGCAUGCGAGCGAGAAGCCCUUCGUGUGCCUGGAGUGCGGGAGGGGCUUCAGCCAGAAGAAGAACCUCGUCUCCCACGAAGCCACGCACACGGGGGUCAAGCCCUUCCAGUGCCUCGAGUGCGGGAAGAGCUUCAGCUGGAAACUGAACCUCAACCGCCACGCGGCGACCCACACGGGGGAGAAGCCAUUCCUGUGCCAGGAGUGCGGGAAGAGCUUCGGCUGCACCACGGACCUCCUCCGCCACCAGGCCACACAUACUGGUGACAAGCCCUUCCGGUGCCUGGAGUGCGGCAAGGGCUUUGGCUGGAAGAGCAGCCUGCGCUCCCACGAGGCCACGCACACCGGGGAGCGGCCCUUCCCCUGCAGCGAGUGCGGGAAGAGCUUUGGGCAGAAGUCACACCUGGCGGCCCACCGGGUCACCCACACGGGCGAGAAGCCUUUCCGGUGCCUGGAGUGCGGCAGGGGCUUCGCGCAGAAGUCGCACCUGGCCUCCCACCGGGCCACGCACACCGGGGAGAAGCCCUUCCGCUGCCUGGAGUGCGGGAAGAGCUUCGGCUGGAAGCUGAACCUCACGCGCCACCAGGCCACGCACACUGGGGAGAAGCCCUUCACGUGCCUGGAGUGCGGGAAGAGCUUCAGCUGGAAGACCGACCUCAUCCGGCACCACUCGACGCACACUGGAGAGAAGCCCUUCCAGUGCGGCGAGUGCGGGAAGUGCUUCAGCCAGAAGAUCAACCUGGCGCACCACCAGGCCACCCACACCGGGGAGAAGCCCUUCAAGUGCCUCCAGUGCGGCAAGGGCUUCCUCUGUACCACGGACCUCAUCCGGCACCAGGCCACCCACACGGGAGAGAAGCCCUUCAAGUGCCUCGAGUGCGGGAAGUGCUACAGCCAGAAGAUCAACCUCAACCACCAUCGCGAGGCUCACGCGCGGGAGAAGUCUGCAAAGGGGCCCUGAGAGUGUCCACAAAGACACAUCCUUUCGGGUAACUCAGAAGCAAUGGUUCCUCAAUUGUUCCUGAACUUGGACUGUGUGUACUCAUGUAUACGUCAACAUCAUAUAUAAGCCAAAAACAGGUUUUGGGGUCAAAACUAUUGGAAAAUAACUGCACCCAGUCUGUGGGCACACAUCCUUUUGGCAAAUGUGAAUCUCCAUGAAUAUGUGGAGACCCCAAAGUAUGACCUUGUUAGAAGAAGUCACAUUUUUGAACAAGCAUUCAUGUAAUGGCACACAGGUAACUCAGCUGUUAUACUGAAGAACCAUGUCUUUGAACUGCCAAGACAUGCCACUACAAAAAUAUAUUUGGCUUAUACUCGAGUGAGGGUCCUGGCCGGCUUCUAUUCAGGUCGGCUUAUACUUGAGUAUAAAGGUAUUCAGAGUUGGACAGUCUUAUCUUAUUAAAGUCUUAUCUUAAAUUACAGUUUUAUAUAAAUAUUCAAAAACAUUUAACCCACCGAUGCUUUUCCAUUUAACCCAGCUGCUGCAUUUCCCACCCUCGUCUUAUACUCAAAUCAAUACGUUUUCCCAGUUUUUGUGGUAAAAUUAGGUGCCUCGGCUUAUAUUCGGGUCGGCUUAUACUUGAGUAUAUACUGUACAUUCCCUUUAAAAACCUUUUAGUUUAAAAUAUGCACUCGGAGAUAAAAAAACAAAGUCUUAUUUGAAAAAUAACAUAUCUUGUUUACUCAUCAACAUCUUGUAUUAAUUCACCAUACAGGCACAUUUCUUACUGAAGUUCAGUUAUAGAUAGGAUAUAGCUUCUCUGUGCUGAGUAAACAAGGUAUCAUUCUUAAUUAAUAGUCCGUAGUCUUUUAAGUAUAUUUCUACUCACUGAAGUCCAUAAGCAUACAUCUAUAUUGAAGUCCAAACAGCAACAUACAUGCAUCCACCUCCACUGAGGUGUAAAGCAGACUGAAUACACAAUUGAGUCUUGUGUCUGAACAUGCUCAGUACAAUCACAUGUCUAUAGUCUCUUCCACACCAAAGAGGUACAGUCCAACUGUCAAGUCAGCAUACACAUAGAAUACAGGUUAGCAAAUAUAUACAUUAACAAAUAAAUAGUGAGAGGCUUGAGAGGUUGCUAUUUUCAACAAAAGCUAGCAUAUAUAUCCGGCAUUGUUUGGGUGUCGUUGGGACCGCUGCCUGCCUACUUUCUCCCUUCUUCAGCUGUAUAAGGGCCUAUUUCAGAAUAGUAACAUUUUGUAAUACGUAGUUCUUCACCUAGCAACAGUCAAUACAAUGAUAUCACAAUAGGCCACUUCACCUAGCAACAGACUUUGUGGUACCCGUAUACAUACUCUGAUUUUUAUUAUAUAGAUUCUGGGUUCUUAUUAUGACCUGUGGAUAAGUUAAGGGUCAUUGAAAAUUAAUUCAGAGAAGUGGGUAGUUCCCUUAAAAUACAAUAUACUCACACUGACCCAGGGAUAAGUCGAACCAGGUUCUUGGGGUUGUUUUGUUUUUUUGGACUAAAGUUUCUAGACUUAUACAUGAGUAUGUCAUAGGAUAAUAAUAAUAAUAAUAAUAAUAAUAAUAAUAAUAAUAAUAAUAAUAAUAAUAAUGUUAUUUCUUACCUGCUACUCCUCAUGGCAUAGUUAAAAUAUGUAAACAUUAUAAAAAUUCUGUAAGUACACAUACACUACAAUGGUGUUUCUCAAAUGUCUGGGCAGGUAAUUAGUGGCUGAGCUUUGAAUCCUAUUGAAAUACAUAAUUUUGCCUCCAAAACCUGCCCUUGGCUUAUACAUGAGGUCGAUUUAUAUCGGGAAGAGAUCGUUUCUCAAGUGCUGCUGAUCUAGUAGUCGCAUCAUCUUCACUAUUGAGCAAGUUGACUGUGUACGAUUGACUGCUUUCUCCAGUCCUGCAUUCAAGAGCUAGCCAUCUGUAGUUAUUAAUUAAUAUCUUACAAACAAAUAGUGUCUUUAGUGUCAUUUAUGCAACUCCCGGGAUCCCAUAGCAUUGAGUCUGGGCAGUUAUAGCCGAGCUAGAUUCCUCUUAAGUUUUUCAUGUUCAAAUCUGAAUAGAUUUGUCUUCUUCCUCCAGCAGGUUACAAGCAGGACAGUAACAAGCAAAUAUAGGAUGAGGGAGUAUAAAAAUCAAAAAGGCAGAAGAAGAAACACACUGUUGCACUCCAGCGAGGGUCCACCUUGCUCUCAACACACACCACUGAGACAGACUCGACAUAAACAGUUUAUUGAGAAAAAGGUAGCAAAAAGUAAGGCAAAAAGCAAUAAGGAAAUGCAAUGAUCCAAGUGUAAAUGCAGUAAUCCAAAUAGAGUUCAAUACCCCAAAAACAGCAAGUAAUUCCUUAAAAGUUAAGGCUUAAAACAAGAGCAUGAUCUUCAAAGCAAAAUCCAAAGUACAUGAAAGCAAGAAUACUUUCCCAAGAAACCAUAGGCAACACUUGAACCAAGACUUGAGGCUUGAAAACAGGAACCACAGGCAACACUUGAAUCAAGACAGGAACAAAGCAGGAGAUCUUGCUCUGAAAGCAAAGUUGCUUGAUCUGAAAUGCGUCCCCACAUUUCGCCUUGUUUACCCAUUCUUACAAGACAUGAAGGCAUUCCUUUGACCUUGGGUUCCCAGCCUUUUGGCAGCAAUCCCUAGUGAAUGUCUAGGGAGUUUCAUUCUCAGACUCAGCCUGGUUUCUCUGUCUAAUUGGACUUCUUCAUUAUCACUUUCAGAACCACCUGGAUGUUGACUUCCCCUGCCCUCAUCCUCCUGGAAAAGGUCACUCUGAUUUGACGCCUGUAUUAUCUCAUCUUGGCCGGCUUGGCUGCCUUCUCAGAAUCUCCGGCUGCUCAGACUGUCUAACAUUGUCAGUUUCAGACUGCGCAAACCCAAAUCCCCCUUCAUCAUCAGACUGAACCACAACACACUCAUAGAAUGAGAAUAAAUCUUGUGUACCUCA